AUGAGCGGUAGAGGCCGAGGCCGCGGAGGAUCUCGGGGGCGAGGCAAGCCGCGAGGCGGCCGCGGCUCGCGCCGCGUGGCGACCUUCGAGGAAGUCAUAGAGCGCAACGCGAUGCUUGAGCGGCACGAGCGCGACUCCGAAGAAGAAGAGGAAGAAGAGGAGGAGGAGGAAGAAGACGAGAGCCCCGGAAAGGCCAAGUUCAAGCGACCUCUUGACUUCCUCAGAGAGCAGAAAAAGAAGGAAAAGGCCGACAGCGGCAGCGACGAUGAGGACGAAGAGGAGGAGCUCACUAUUAGUCUGGGGAACAUGCGCCUCUCGACGGCCAACCCCAACCGCGGCCGCAAAUCCGUUGAGAGGACCGGCGUAGUUGAACUGAGUCGCCGUGAGCGAGAAGAACUCGAGCGACAGCGGAGACAGCGGAUUUACGAGAAACUCCACGCGCAGGGGAUGACGGCGGAGGCGAAGGCAGACCUGGCCCGACUCGCCGAGGUCCGGCGGCGGCGUGAGGAGGCGGCCCGACUACGAGCUGAGAACGCGGGGGGUGAGCAGAGAAAAAGGGUUGAGAACCUUUCCAGUCUGUGUACAGGCUUCUAA